AUGAUCUCCAAUAAAAGGUCAAUCCCAGGGGAGGGUCUGCCCUCUGUUUUAUUAUUUUUUGCCGUGAUAUGGAUUCUUCCCGUGGCAAUAUGGAUUUCUCUUUUACGAAAGUUGACAGCCUUCUACUCUACACGCAGUUCAGUCCGCUACGAUAUCAUUGAAUCUUCUCUGCUUGCAUGGAAUUUUGAAAGAAAAUCUCACGGGCCAUUGUCCCAAUAUUUUUAUCGCCAAUCUGCGACGAUAAAUUCAUCCAAAAAGCCUUCUUUAAUUGUCCUUGUUAUUGGGUCGUCUUUUUAUUGCAAUUCCUUGGGCCUUUUAUGUGAGCGAUUAAAAUAUAUCCUAUGUUCGUUGCUAGAAGCGAGGCCAAAUUCGGCCUUUCUUUUUAUUAGUGACGAAUGGAUUGAUGCUGCCAAAAUAGAUUUCAGUAAUGAUACUGCUAUCAAGUCUUUGGUGGACGAAACCACCGAAAUAUUUCAAUAUGCCGGUGAUUACGUGAUUGCGGAAAAAUACAACAUAAACAAUAUCAUCUCAGAGAAGGGCAAUUUUGUUCCUUGCAGACUGUGCCUGCCAUCCACACCCAAAUCCACGACCUCUUCAUUGAUGUCUUGUAAGGAAAUAUUGUGCAUAUUGACUAGCCUUGCUUUUAGGUUAAUUACACAGCAAUGGCCAUAUUCUUGUAGGGCUCGCUCGUACUGUCAACUUAGAGCUCAAAUCGAACAUGAAUUCAAAACAAAAGUGGAUGCUAUUAACUUGCUUUGUGUACUUUUUUUUCGCCAAUAUGAACUUUUUCGUGAAUUUUUGGCUGCUUUGAAAAUCCUAACACUUUCGUGCAUUCUUUUGUUCCUUUCUCCGAUUUUGUAA